GAAGGCUGACUCGUUCUGGCCAGUUGAAAGCGUGCGGGGGAGGCGGCUUCUUCCGGCCGACUGCGGGGUAGCUGCGUACGUUGAAGGACACAAGCGGCGGAAUUGGUGCCUUCUGCAAGAUUGAAAUCAUGGCAGGUCCAGAAACUGAUGCUCAAUUCCAUUUCACUGGUAUCAAAAAAUAUUUCAACUCUUAUACUCUCACAGGUAGAAGGAAUUGUGUACUGGCCACAUAUGGAGGCAUUGCUUUGAUCAUCUUAUACUUCAAGUUAAGGUCUAAAAAAACACCAGCUGUGAAAGCAACAUAAACGAUUUUUAACCUGUACCUCACCUGUUAUAUUCCCAUGCCUGGAGAAGCUAAUGUCAACUCAUCAUGUGAUACUCAAUUUGUACAAUAAAUUAUGAACCUGGAAAA